AUGUCCGUCCCGCACUCCUCCUCAACCGAGGAUCACGAGCCUUUGAUUCCUAACGACUACGACGAAUAUUCGCGGGCCAGUGGCCAGCAAGAGGUGUCGGGCUUCGGCAAUGCCUUCAUCUGGACGCUGACCCUUUCCGCCUGUGUCUCCGCAUUGCUCUUCGGCUAUGACACAGGCGUCAUCUCGUCGACCCUGGUCUCGAUAGGCACGUCCUUGUCCCAGCGUAACCUCACGAAUCUCGACAAAGGCCUGAUUACGUCAAGCACGAGUGCAUUCGCUCUCAUCGCGUCGCCCAUAGCCGGCGUCCUUGCCGAUCGUAUCGGACGCAAGAAUAUAAUUAUCCUCGCGGACGUUCUGUUCGUCUUGGGCGCGAUAUGUCAGGCAUGGACGACCUCAAUCGCAGGCAUGAUCGCUGGACGAAGCAUUGUGGGCCUGGCUAUUGGUGCGGCGAGCUUGAUCACUCCGCUGUACAUCUCUGAGCUGGCUCCGAGCGGGCUGCGUGGACGAUUGGUGACGGUGUCGGUCCUUUAUAUCACUUUGGGUCAGGUGGUUGCGUACGUGGUGGGUUGGCUUUUCUCUGGCAUCGAGCGUGUCGGAUGGCGAUGGAUGGUUGGUCUGGGCGCCAUACCAGCGGCUGCACAGAUCGCGAUGCUGAUCUUCAUGCCCGAGAGUCCAAGAAUGCUGUGCAAACGGGGACGACAAGCUGAGGCACGCGCAGUCAUUGUGAAAGUGCAUAACGGUGUCGUGCCGGACGCUGGUGGCACUGCGGAGGAUAUCGUAAAGGCUAUCGACAAGGAGAUCAAUGAGGAGUACGAGUCCAGGAUUGCACUGACUAAGGGCCGACCUGCUGGGUCGACAAGGAUGGUGCUCCCACCAACGCUUUCUUCCCUCAUGUUUCACCCACCACAUCGCCGAGCACUCACAAUCACUUGUAUGCUCCAGGGGCUGCAACAACUAUGUGGCUUCAACUCUUUGAUGUACUUCUCUGCCACCAUUUUUCAGCUCCUUGGCUUCACCUCGCCAACCUUGACUUCUCUGUCGAUCGCGGGCACGAACUUCCUAUUCACUGUUGGAGCAUUCUAUCUCAUUGACCGCAUUGGCCGCAGGCGUAUUUUGCUGUUCACCAUUCCCGUCAUGGUCCUAGCACUGCUCCUCUGCGCUGGCAGCUUCACCUUCCUGGACCUUCCGACCACGGACCCGUCGUCAUCAGGCUCAGCCCUCUCCUCGAGCACGUCACGUUCAGCAGCUCUUGCAAUAUUAGCAUCACUGAUGCUCUACGUUGCCGGGUACGCGAGUGGCCUCGGUGUCGUGCCAUGGCAGCAGUCCGAGCUCUUCCCAUUAAGUGUCCGCUCAGUGGGAAGUUCGCUUGCCACAGCGACCAAUUGGGGGUCGAAUACCAUUGUUGGACUGACAUUCUUGCCGAUGAUGCAGUGGCUCGGAUCCGGAUGGACGUUUGUGAUUUAUGCGGCCGUUUGCGGCGUUGGGUGGUUGUUGGUUUGGCGAAUAUAUCCUGAGACAAUGGGCCUGGGCCUUGAGGAAGUCGGAGGCUUGCUCAGUGAUGAUUGGGGUGUGAAAAGUACAAGAGAAGGGGGCGAAGGUAGUGCUGGAGGCAACGAUGGCGAAGAGCAUUCGAGAAGGAGCAGCCAACCAGCACGAUGUCAAACAUAA